CCUUUAAGACCUGCCCGUCGACCGCCAACUACACCAAGAUUACCCGUGAUCAGGGCACAGCAACAAUGAGCAAUGCGAUCCAGAGUUCCGGGCCCGCCGCGCGGCUCUUGCGGACUUCCUACACCGCGGCGCCUCGGCAUCUGCGUUUGAGGGCACCAUCGGCUCAGCACAGCACAUGGUUGACGCAGUCCCUUCAUCGUCGCCAUCUGCGCACAUCGGCCCCGUGUCGUACCGACGGUGUUUUCCGUGGUCUCAUUGACGAUCGGCUGCCGACACCGUGGAUCGAGGCUUUCAAAGCGCAGCAACAGGGCAAGGCCCCAAACAGCAGCCAGGACAAUGAAGUGUCGCGAGAGCGAGACCUCUCUCCGAAACGGAUGAAGGACAGCUACCACCGCGUCGUGCUGCCAUUGGGCCAGGAUCCGUGGCUGUCUGACUCGUACAUCAACUCAAGCGGCCACAUCCGGCUCGGGACCAUCCUCAUGGACCUCGACGCGCUCUCUGGUAUCGUCGUCUACAAACACACCGGCCCCGGCGUCACCACCGUCACUGCGGCUCUCGACAGAGUCACCAUCGCCCGCCCCCUGACUGAAAUCUGCGAUCUAGAGUACAGCGGCCAGGUGACCUACGCUACAGGCCGCAGCAGUGUCGAGAUCACCUGCAAGGUUGCCAAGGCCAGACCUGACAACGAGCCCAGCAAGCCCGAAGAUGUGCUGCUUACUUGUACCUUCACUAUGGUCGCCCUCGAUCCUGCCACUAGGAAGCCCACAAACAUCCCGCGUCUCAUAUGCGAAACCCCGGAAGAGGAGCAGAUUUUUCAGCAGGGCGAGGCCAAAUCUCAGGCUAAGAAGGAGGCAGCUCGAAUAUCCCUCCUUGAGACAGAGCCCAACGACGACGAGUCCAAGCUCGUCCACAACAUCUGGCGCCGCCAGGUUGCCUAUCACGAUCCAAACAACCCGAUUCGCCAACCUUCCAACGUCAUCGCCAUGUCCAAGACACAAAUCUCUGAUGCCUCCAUCAUGCAGCCGCAAUAUAGAAAUCGCCAUCAAACCAUGAUUUUUGGGGGAUUUCAUAUGAAGCAGACUUUUGAGCUCGCAUUUUGCUGUGCGGCCUCCUUCGCCCACGCCCGGCCUACCUUCAUAAGCGCGGACCCGUGUACUUUUCGCAACCCUGUCCCCGUUGGCUCGGUCCUCUAUCUCACUGCCACCAUUGUCUACACGGAUCCACCAUUGAUCGACCUGGACGGAUCCGAGGGCAAGCAAGCGGACCCAGAGAACCCAAUGACCCGGGUUCACGUGCGAGUGGAUAGCAAAGUCCGCGACGUCGAGCAUGGCGUUGCCAAGCCUACGGGACAAUUCAACUACACCUUCUCGGUACCUAAGGACGUCAAGGUAUUGCCACAUACGUAUCAGGAGUUCAUGAUGUAUGUGGAUGCCCGGCGAAGAGUGUGCUUGGGUGACGUGCAGCAUCGCCAAGACAGCACGCAGUCCAAGGAGGAGCGCGAAGGUGUGGCGUCUGAUGGCAAUAUCAUGGGCUGAAGAAGCCCCGUACCUGACAUCGCCAAUGUAGCAAGAGUUUCGCAUGCAUGCCGUCACGGGGAAAGUUCUCCUUCUUCUUCCUAAUUCUCCAAUCUGAACUCAAACGAAGUCUUGGCUUCCGCUGGUGUUUCUCAACACUGCACGGACAGAGUCAACCACAGGGUGAUCUCAGCUGCGCACACAAUUUUAGAGUCGUAACAUUAUACUCAUCCGCCGCAACGGCAAGCGCGACACUUCUAGUACACUGGCCCCGGACGCUUGCUGAUGAAACCCUGCCAGUCUUCAAAGUGGUUUGCACGAGAGGAAAGCUGGCGUGGACAUUCAACGGUUCCCACUCGCUUUCACGCUCCAUUGGGAGAAGUCACCAGGGCUACAGACACGUAAGAGACGCAUUCAAUCCGACGGGGUGUAUUCACUGAUACCAAGAAAGCGCCUCCCCCCCCCCCCCCCCCCC